AGCGACGGGGGCCGCCAUAAUGGGGGGGUCCCGUGGCCGCCGGCCUGAGGGGACGGAGCGGCCUGAGGGGAACGAAGGAGACCGGGGGGCCGGGAAACCUCUGGCGGCGGCGGGCGGCCCGGCUGUGACUCGCCCCGCCGCGCCGCAGCCCUCUAUAAAAGCUCUUUUUUAUUGAUGGUUCGCCCUGGGAAAGGAGCCUCGGUGUCCUCCCCGCCUGCUGAAUCCCCGUGUUGUUGCUUUUCCCGCAGGUUUAGCGAGGAGGGCGCAACGGAGAGGACAGAAACUGGAUGGCUUCUACGGUGAGCCUGGGCAAGGAAACAUUAUUGGAAGAUGGAAUGCCACCUGCAAAAAAGCCCAGGAAGCUGCUGCCAAGCCUCAAAACCAAGAAGCCUCAGGAACUUGUGUUGGUGAUUGGGACAGGAAUUAGUGCUGCAGUUGCUCCCCAGGUCCCAGCGCUGAAGUCCUGGAAGGGGCUGAUUCAGGCCCUUCUGGAUGCUGCUAUUGACUUUGAUCUCCUGGAAGAUGAAGAGAGCAAACGGUUUCAGAAAUGUCUUCAUGAAGACAAGAACCUGGUUCAUGUUGCCCACGACCUUAUUCAGAAGCUGUCUCCGCGCACAAGCAACGUUCGCUCAACCUUUUUCAAAGACUGUUUAUACGAGGUGUUUGAUGACCUGGAAUCCAAAAUGGAAGAUUCUGGGAAGCAGCUGCUUCAGUCUGUGCUUCACUUGAUGGAAAACGGUGCCCUUGUGUUAACCACAAACUUUGAUAACCUGCUGGAGCUGUAUGCAGCACACCAGGGGAAGCACCUUGAGUCUCUUGACCUGACUGAUGAAAAGAAGGUGCUGGAGUGGGCGCAAGAGAAGAGGAAGCUCAGCGUCCUGCACAUCCACGGCGUCUACACCAACCCCAGCGGCAUCGUCCUGCACCCGGCCGGCUACCAGAACGUGCUGCGCAACACCGAGGUCAUGCGAGAGAUUCAGAAGCUGUAUGAAAAUAAGUCCUUCCUCUUCUUGGGCUGUGGUUGGACAGUUGAUGACACAACGUUUCAGGCCCUGUUUUUAGAGGCUGUCAAGCACAAGUCAGACCUGGAGCACUUCAUGCUGGUGCGGAGAGGGGAUGUGGAUGAGUUCAAGAAGCUCCGUGAGAACAUGCUGGACAAAGGGAUCAAAGUGAUUUCCUACGGGGACGAAUACGCUGACUUGCCCGAGUACUUCGAGCGGCUGACAAGCGAGAUUGCCAUGCGAGGCCGCACAGGUGUGCCCAAGGAGGGGCAGCAGCUGAAUGGCUCUGCAGCUGCACACGCUGAGGUUAAAGGAUGCAGCUCCUGAGCCCCAGCCCUGCCCAGGCCCUGAGCUGUGGCAGGGGCUCCUGGGACAGGCCCAAGCCAGGCAGCAGCCCUCAGGGAGACCGGAGCCCACCGCUGUCCCACUGCUGUCCAGCACCGAGCCAGGACCCUUCCGGCAGGGAAGAGGCCAGGACAGAGCCUCCACGGAUGAACACCUGGUCUAACAUUGUGGUUUUAUUGGGGCUGCAUGUGCCUGUGGAGCGCGGUGUCCCUGAGGGAGCUGCAGCCUCCUCUAACUUCAUACCUAGUGCUUUUAUAUUCUGUAUUUCAAUUAAAAAAUGAAACUUGAGCUUUUUUUUUUUUUUUUUUUUUUUUUUACUGAAAGCUCUAGUUUUCUAGUCCUGUCUUUUUACUGUACAGUAUUUUGUAUGUUGAAGUUGUAUUAAAGGCCUGCUCACUGAA